GAAGUGCAAUUGCGACAACUUAACCUAAGUUUAUGUUGUUGAUUUUCUAUCCGUGUUUUCUAUUCAUCUGUUAUAUGAAUUUUGAAAGAAAAAGGUAGAAAAUUUUAAAUUUAUAUAUUGGGUUCUUUUCUCGUUAAGCAGAGAUUUAACAAUUGAGGCAAAUUUGUGCAGGUAACAUACAGCCAUGGCAGAAAUAUCAAAUAGGAAUAUGGAGUUGAUGACUGACGAUAUUUUGGAACUCAAAAAAUGCGGUUUAUUUACAGACGACGAAAUUAACAUUUUUACCAAGAAACUUACACAGUUACUAUUCAGAUUAAGUAAGAGUACAACACAGUUACAAGACUUUCGAGAUUCGAUUAAGUUUCUCAAGCUUUUAUUAGACGAAGUACGACAGAGAACACGCGAAAAACAAAGUAUAAAGACGGGCAGGCUAAAAAUCAUGAUUAUUCAAAGAUUACAGUAUUAUUAUGAGCACGCUCUAAGAAAGUUUUCUUCCAAUUUAAAUUUUUGUCUUGAAUAUUUAGAUUUUCUUAGUAACCAUUCGAGUUUAGAUAAUGAAGGAGCUAAACACGUAUCCCAAAUGAUAGAGAGAUUUAAUUCUCAACCGAAAGUGUUUGAAGAAGCUGCAGUUUGGUUUAAACAGAAGGAUUGUCAUGGAGAAGCUGUUAAAGUGCUUCUUAAAGGCAUUGGAACUCAUCCAAAUGAACAGCUUUUAUAUCUUGACCUUAUUGAUCUAGAAUUGAGUAAUCCACAAGACAUUAAAAUAGCAAAAUUUAAAAAAUACUUGGACAGUAUAUUAAAAAAUAUUCCCGAUUGUUCUGAAAUGCUUAUAUAUGUUUUGACAUUAUUAGAAACACAUCCUAACCUAUGUCCAGUUCAGGACUAUAUUUUGGAUUUGUUGCUUCAAAAAUACUCGAAUGAAGAGAGAGUAUGGCAUACAAUCGCUACAAUGGAGUUGAAAGGACAUUACUAUAACGCAUCCCCUGAAGAAAUGCAGAAAAAAUCUACUAACUACUCAAUACAAAGAUGUAUAGCAAGGUACAAAGAGGGUAUUGCCAAGAUAUCCACCAAAAAGAAACCAGCCUUGUGGAAGCUAUAUCUAAAUACCUUAAUACACCUUCAGAAGGGCAAUCCUAAUAAUGUUCUUAAAGUAAGUUCUUUAAGAGAGGCUCUUGAAGAAGCAAAAAUGGCGAAAGUUCCAUUGGAAGAACUACAUUGGUAUGCGUGGUUGGAUAUUUGUGGAGGUAAUGAGGAACAUAUUAUGAAAACUCUAGUUGAAGCUACCAGAUGUCUGCCAUCUUCGGAACAGUUAUGGUUGUUGUAUCUGAAGUUCUGUCUACUUAGAAAGGAUUUUAGUAAAGCUGAAGAAGUUUUUGCAAGGGCUGUUAAGUCACUGGGCCGUAGAGCGGCUCCUGUUUGGGAUUUGUACGUUACAGCCCUGCAGCUGAAUUCAGAUGCUAAAACAGAGGAGUUAUUUAAGAGAGCCGUAGCUGAGCCGUACGAAGAAAUAGGCAGAAAAUUCAAACCGAGGUAUUUGAGGUGGAGCGCCAUGUUUAAUCCUGAUCCUGCGUAUUUUCGAAAGGUCUAUUGGGAGUUGGCGCGUGAACGGCCCUUCACCAGGGAACUGCACCGGGAAAUGCUAACGUUGGAAUGUAGGGACGACCGAGACGAUGUCAAAAAACAAUUCGAGGUGUUCAAAUUAUACAGCGAACAGUUCGGCGAUGAUAUCGACGUAUGGCUGGAUUGGAUUGGGGCCAUAUGGGAGCAAAACGCUCCAGACCAAAACGAAGAAGUGGCCAAAGUAUACCAGGAUGCUGUAAAAAAAUUGCCUGAAAUAAAGGUUCAAGAAUUUAUCGAGAAAUACAACGAACGGGACAUUGGAAGAGUGGCUAAAAAAAUUACGAAAUAGUCUUCGUAUAUCAAUAGUUAAUAGAUUUAUAAUAAGUCUUUUUAUGUGUAACCUUGCAAAUUUUGUAAACAUGUAAAUAUACUUUUAAAUAUACGUUUUGAUUAAGAA